CUCAAAUGAACAAGCCGAAUAGACACUGUCUAACGAGCAGUAGAGCCGAGUAGACGGGUCCAAAAAGAUAGUCAGUAUCGAAUCGUGGGGCGGUCGCCGAGGGUAUAUUUUAAGCAAAUUCUGUAUUAAUUAGUUGAAGAUUCGUUCGUCAUUCAAACGCUUAGUGCAUUCAAAAAAUCAUGAAGUGGUUUUUGUUCUUGAUGACAAUUGCCAUUUGGCAAUGCAUACAAGUAACAGGCAAUUCUGUGAAUCAACGGAAACGUGCGAUACCUUAUUCGGAAGGGUGUACGAACGACUAUUCGUUCUUACCGAACCGUGAUGCACAAAAAGUAAAUCAUUCUUCAUCGAUUAAUACAAGCAGUUCUGUGAGUCAACGCAAACCUCGAUCACUGAUAAAUCCAUUGUUUUCAAUUGAAUAUCCGUCCUCGUGGUACCGUGAUGAAGUACCAAAAGAAGUAUAUUCAUUUUUACCGUUUUAUAGAGGCUUGCGGAGUGCAACAAAGAACGAACCAGAACAUGCAACUAAAGGUGAAAAUAAUGACAAAGAAAGGAAACCUACGAGCCACAUACAAAUAAGGGAAAACAAUACUGAGAUACUGGAAGUAAAAAAAGAAGACUAUCAUGUAAAUGAUGAAGUAUUGAAAAUUUUUGUGAACUGUUUUGUAAAAGUAUUGCUAGCAUAUUUGAAAGAAAAUAAAGAAGAGUAUAGGAGAUUAGAAGACAAUAACAAAACAAGUCUGGGUGAAAGUAAUGACAAAGAAAGGAAACCUACGAGCCACAUACAAAUAAGGGAAAACGAUACUGAGACACUGGAAGUAAAAAGAGAAGACUAUCAUGUAAAUGAUGAAGUAUGGAAAACUUUUGUGAACCGUGUAAAAGAAUCGCUAGCAUUUUUGAAUGAAAAAGAAGAAGAGUGUAAGACAUUAGAAAACAAUGAAAAAUCAGAAGAUCCGGAAGAAAUGGAAGAAUUACCGAGACGCAUAUUGCCUUUCCUGUAUUAUUGGGGUAGAGGAUAAAAUUCUUUAUCUGUUUUUUAAUCUCUAACAGUAAUUAAUUAUCUUCACAAUUGUUGAUACACCUUAGAAAUUGUAUCGUACAUUUGAUGUGUUUUUAGAGAAAGAAAUAAAUUUUUAUUCCAACAGUAA